GUGGUCUUUAAAGACGCGGCGUAACCUAUCCUUCGAUUCACCAUGGAUUUGUAUAAAUCAAAACAUUGGAUUAGUAUCAUGAAUCGCGUGGGACGGCACAGGCAACAGCAACAGCACAUGUUAGACGAGAAGGAUGCCUGGUUCAAUUACCAAAGAGCUGAGCAGCGUUAAAGAUGCUCCGUGUUCGAGUUCCACGCUCAACAGCAGUCACCACGAAGAAAGUAAUCCUGAACAAAAUACGUGUAAUGGGUAUACCACACCUCAACAAUCUGUUGAACACAGACACAUUGAUAACUCCAUUUUCAACACCAUCUCAAAAAUAGUAAAUCGCACUGCCAAGGUUCCAGAGAUACAAGAUUUCAAAAUUGUCAAGCCAAUAAGUCGAGGAGCAUUUGGAAAAGUUUUUCUAGGCUAUAAGAAGACAAAUCCAGACAAGAUUUAUGCGAUUAAAGUUAUGAAGAAGAAUGAAAUGAUACAUAAAAAUAUGGCCUCUCAAGUAAUCAUUGAGAGAAAUGCACUUGCCUUAGUUAGAAGUCCUUACUGCGUUCAGCUCUUUUAUUCUUUACAGUCAGUUACCAGUGUUUACUUGGUAAUGGAGUACAUGGUUGGAGGUGAUUUAAAGAGUUUACUAGGUGUACAUGGAUUUAUGGAAGAGUCUAUGGCUGCAUUUUACACAGCUGAAGUGAGUUUGGCCCUGGAAUAUCUCCACUCGCAUGGGAUUGUACAUCGAGACCUCAAACCUGACAACAUGCUUCUUUCUAAGGAGGGCCACGUGAAGCUCACAGACUUUGGUUUGAGCAAAAUUACCACCAUGCAUCGUGAUCUCGAGAUUUCAGAUUUAGUAAACCACACUCCCAGUUUAUGUGCUCGAACGCCAGGUCAGCUCCUUUCUCUGACUUCUCAUUUAACCUUUGACUCUCUUGGAUUAAAGUCAAUGGGAUUGAGUAGUGACUCUCUCUUUAUCAACUCCAGUGACACAAGUAACCCUGCGACUGAUUUAUUACCUGAACUACAGUCGAGAGCACAUCAUCACAACAGUUCCCCAAGUUUACUUGUCUCACCAGCAGGAGCAAGUCAGAUUACCUCAGGUGACUAUUCUCGCGUAUCAGGUGUAACUCCAUUUCAAUCGGCCGAGGACAUUCGAAUUUCAGCCUUUCCAAGCGAAAACUCUACGACUAACAGCAGUUAUCACACGUGCGAAGCAUCAUCAUCUGCAACGUCCGUCGUUUCUUCGACAUCGGAAAUGAAUAAUAGCAUCAACAAUAAUAACAACAACAACAACAACAACAACAACAAUAACAAUAUCAACAGUAACAAUAACAACAAUGCCGACGAAGAAGAAGAAUCGACUUUGGAAGCUGAAUACUCGUCGCAGCAGCCGUUACCGCAUCACACUAGUCCAUUAAGUUCCGGUACGAGUAUCUUGGCUAGAGGUACCAAGAGAAAAAGAAAAAAUAAAAUGAUGAAAGAUCAGCACCAGACUGGCCUAACAAGAGAGAUUUGUCUCAUGGGCUUGGGUACUAGUGAUGGCGGGGAUUUGACAACGCCAAAGAAGAAGAAUCGAAUUUUAACUUACCAAUGUACAAGCCCACCCGCGUCUAUUGUGACAACGUUCAGUCGAAAUAUUAAGGAAGCUGGCGGUGGCGCUGUAAAGACAGAAGGCAACAGCGGAUCGGUAAGGGUUGCUUUUAGUACGCCAGUCUCAUCAACGAAACAGCAGCGAUCCCGAUCCGGUGAGGCAAAACCUACGCUAUUAAAAUCCACGAGGUUUGAUCUACCUUCUGCGGGUGCAACGACACCGCGCGAUAUUAGCGAUACGGCUGUUCAGCAAAGAUCGCCUCAAGAAAUUUCGCCAAUUAAAACUCCUUCUGCUUCAGCAGCGAAUAAUUAUACACCUUAUAGAACUCCGAAAUCGGUCAGACGAGGAGCUGUCCAAGCGGGUAUCAAUCGCUCUGAUGACCGAAUCCUCGGGACACCAGAUUAUUUGGCUCCGGAGCUCUUGCUUCGACAAGGUCACGGCCCAGCCGUAGAUUGGUGGGCGUUGGGCGUCUGUCUUUAUGAGUUUUGCACGGGUAUACCGCCGUUCAAUGACGAUACUCCUCAAGCGGUAUUUGCAAAUAUAUUGGCGAGGGACUUGCCGUGGCCGGAAGGCGAAGAAUGUCUGACUGCCAAUGCAAUGGAAGCUAUUGAUUCUCUACUCACUCUUGAUCAAAAUUUACGACCUUCAGCCAAGGAAGUGCGAACUAUGAGACUCUUUCAAGAAUUUCCUUGGGAUGAUCCACAAAAGGCUGUCCCACCGUUCGUACCACAACCCGAUGAUAAUUAUGAUACUUGUUAUUUUCAAGCGCGCAAUAUUUUACAGCAUCUCAAUGUUAGCAGCUGUGACACAUGACUGUCGGCUCAUCGAUGGACCUAUUGUUUUAUCUAAAGUAAUUGUACAUUUGUGUAAUAUGGGCUUUCAAAUAUUACACAUACCAGCGAAACUAUAGAGGAUAAAGUAGCGGGUAAAAAUAGAAAAUUACGUCGUACCUACGAAUGAAGGUAAUGAAACGCGAAAAAAGUCGACAUUAGUGUGAUUGGAAUUCAUUGAAAUAAUGUAACAAUUAAUAUAUGUGUAUGUCAAUAUAAAAUAAUCGUAAAAUACGGGAAUUCAAACGUCACACGUACACGUAAGCUCGAGUUCAGGUUAACAUCGAAUCCGUGGCGACUGUGACGGUAAUUUAACAAGUGUUGCUCUGUUAAUCAUUGUAACUAUUGUAUUAUUACUGUCAUUCAACAUUUAUCUCUCGUCAAAUUCAAAGAGUAAUAAUCUAGAUUGCUGUGUGCAACGUCAUACUUUGGAUUGUAAAUAGUAUAUGACUAAAACUUAUUUUAUUGAAUCUGGUGCUGGAACGCCUAAAUACUUUUAUAAGGCACACUGUCGUUUAAUUUGAUUUACACGCUGUAAAGUAUUGGGCGUUUCAUUCAUUUUCUAUUACAUAUAAAAGGUCUGUGUACUUGUACUUCCAGUUCAAAAAGUUUUUCUGCUUAGUAAUAUCAAAAUACGAUCAAAAUUUUUCUUGGUAUAUAAUUCAGAAAAGAAGAAAGCAUUUUCUCUGAAAGAUUUGAUUUUAUUCAGUGGACUUUCUCUGUAUCGUCGGACUCCGUCCAUUGCGUGUAAAGCUAAUCUAAUUCAUAGACGGAUAUAAUAAUCUAAUAUGUAGUGUAAGUUUAAGAAAAUUAUAGCUGAAUCCUUUGGGACAGUAAUUAAUAAUUAAUACCUUAUUUGUAUAAGCCGCAGUUCGAUUAUGAAUCUGUAAAUAUUUUAUACAUUGCCAAAUUAAAC